AUGGCAGGCGGAUCCCUGUUUCAAGUCGGUCAAGCGGUUGAAUUUUGGCGGGUCUUGAUUCAAUUGAGCAUCUUGGCUUUCUGUCUUGUUUUCUUCGAGGCCGCUCUUCAUUACGUUGAACAUAAACUUUCGCAAUAUGACAAGUACCAACACAUGCUUCGAAAGGUGUAUCGAGAACUCAUGGUUCUUGGGUUACUAAGUCUUGGAUUGAAACUAAUUUCGGAAGUGAACGUCCACGCAGACAGCAAGACCAUGUUGGCUUUCCAAGUCGCUGACCUCACCAUCUUUAUCUUGGCCCUCGCGCUCAUUAUGCAAGCAAUCAUCGUCUUUUCGCAGCUUCGCAAACACAACAAACAAGCUGAUCGCAUCGAAUUAAUCACGGCACAAGACUUGGUCAAUGCCAUUCGUCCACCGACUGGAACGCGCGCAACUGCAACACAAUUUCAAUUGAACCCAACGAAAUGGUUUUGCUGGCCGAUCAAAUCUACCAAAGGAUUUGAGCAAGAAGCAGUCGAACGUCGACUACUUCGGCAUUUGUUUCUUCGUCGCUUCGGACUUCCGCAGCUCUUCCCGUUCUCCAAGUACCUUCGUCGUGCUCAAGCAAACCAGAUCUUGCACAUGAUUGAAGUCGAGCCAUCCAUGUGGGUUCUUCUACUAGCUGUAGCCUGGAUGCUUUGUGGCUUUCUUAGUGCUCUCCACAAAAUGAACGUCGAUCUUCCUGAAAGUCACGAACUUGUCCAAGUUUUCGUGAUUUUCGCCUCGGGGUUGGUAGUGCUCCACGUUGCGGUGCUGCUCUACUUCCGUUCGUGUGUUCACCAGCUUUUGCGAGCUGCUGGUUAUAGCGACGAUGAGACUACGUUGGUUGACAAUCUCCAACAAAUCGCCCAAAGUGAGGCUGAUGCCUGGCAAAGUGAAGCAGCUGACAGUGCUCUGAGCACCAUGAACCGGGUACAAGAAGAACUUGAAGAGAUUGAGGACAGUCGUAAUGCCGCGCGACACGUUUUACUUCGGAAAGAUGUCGGACUACAGCUCGUUGCUACUUGCUGUCGCAAUUUGAAUCAAAUCGGUCAUGUCAAGCUGCGCCGACUACCGAGUGGGGUGCAGCCUGAAAGUCCAGACAUUCACAUCCGAUUCUUUUCACGCAAGGCAUGGCACGUUGUGGUGAUGUUCAUGCUGAUUCUUAACGGGUUUUUCAUUGCUCUGCUCGCACAGUGCGCUGUGUACGAUUUGGACGACAUUUACGAAGACUUUGGGCUCUUUCAUGCUAUCGUGGUACCUCUUCCGUUGGUUUUGAACACUUUCGUUUUCCAGCAUCGAAUGUUCCGCUACUUUGUGAUCAUCUGCAGCAUUCUUCGUGUAGAUGCCAAUACGUUAGGUGAGGUGGUGAACCAUUUCAGCGAGAUUGUCGAGUUACGGUCAGAAUUUGCGUCCUCGUUGCUAGAGAGUUUGAAAGAGGGAAACCAUACAAUCAUGGAUUUGCGCCAAGAGCUUGACGCCUAUGACCCACGACAGACUGGCAUGAUCGACGUUGACUACCUUCGUGCCAUCCUAACAACCUUUGGCUUCAAGCUGACGCGAUUUCGCUUUAAUACCGUUGCAAAGCUGCUCUUUGAACUCAAUGGAACAAGAGUUGAGUACAAUCAACUUCUCCGGCUGUUGGUACAUGGCCAGAAUGAUACUCCGCUUGAAAGUGGCCCAGCCUUUCAAAAACGCCAACACCUGCUAUUGCAGCGGAGCAGGUCUACUUCCGGCGGUGAACGAUAUAGCCCACGAGCGAGUCGUGUAGCUUCGCUGACAUCACGUCAAGUACCUUUACUAUCUCAACCGAGCUAUACGACCGAAUUGAAACCGGACGAUUUCGUGAAUCUGAGCACGCCAGCCUUGCAUCCACUCAUAUUUAUCAGACCGUCUGAACUUCAGACAAACCCGAUUCCGGAAAAUAGCCAUGUACGUGCUCCGAUGCUGGAUCGCAGCUACACUCAUCAAUUUGCUGGCUCGAGCUCUCGAGCGCUCCACGACAUGUACAAUAUUUGCAGAGAAUCUGACUCUCAAAUGGACGUUGUAGCCGAUACCGAAACAACCGUGACGUUAUAA